UAUUUUCGCCUAUCCGUCAGUACGUUGCAGACCGUCGGCACGGUCGAUAACUAUUAGUGUGGUUUGUACAUGUGACCGAAAAAAUCGGAGUGUCUUGUAUAAUCAUAAAGAAUUUAACACAUAUUAAAGAAAUACAAUAAAACAUAAGGUAUCUGUGAAAAAUAUAAAGACAUAUUGAUAGAACACAAAAAUUAUAUGUAAGGCGCUUAUAUAGAAGAUAUUAUAUAGAAGAUGCGAGACGAUCUACUUUUUGGAUUUCAUGUGAUCUCUUGUAUGCAAUUUGCAUUUGCAGUGUAUUAUGAUUAUAUGUAUAUUGCAAUACCUCCAAACCUUAUCAGAAUGCACAUUAAUUUUGGCGGGAAAUUCAAGUUUCUUACUUUCUGGGACGCGAUCAUUCAAGCAGUAUUUUUUUUUAUAUGUAUGUUGAAUGAUUGGUUUGGUACAAAUGCUGUUAGUCCCAAAAAACCACCAUUUAUACGUAAAUUAAAAGAUUAUAUACAUGCGAUACUUAGUUUUCCAAUUGCCAUGUUUGUUGGAGUGACAUUCUGGGCUCUAAUGUUUGUGGAUCGUGAAUUAGUGCUUCCAAAAGCUGUAGAUCCUUACUUUCCAUGGUGGUUAAAUCAUUUAAUGCACACUAUGAUUAUGAUUACCAUAUUAAUAGAAACGAUUUUAGUGCCACGUACAUAUCCAAAGAGAUCGAAUGGUCUCCUUGGUAUAAUAAUAUUCUUAUUUAUAUAUUUAGUUUGGAUAUAUAUAAUUUAUUAUAAAAGCGGUGUCUGGGUAUAUCCAGUAUUGGAAGUGCUAUCAUUGCCAUUACGACUUGUGUUUUUCAGUGCACUGAUCACGUUCAGUUUAAGCUUGUAUUUUAUCGGAGAAAAAAUGGACAACUUGUUUUGGGGUAACAAAUAUAUUAAACAUGAAAAAUCUUAUGCCAAAAAAAAAUAACCUUGCCCAUGAGUAAUAAGGUGUGCUGAUUUCGAUUAUAUAUAAUUAGCCUCUAAGGUGAUGGUGAAUAAAACAAAAAUUAAUUUCUAUCCUCCCAUCAUUUCCCAUUUAUCUUAUAUUACGGCAUAUAACACACAUAAAUUUUCUCGAAAAUUUUUAAAAAAAUAUAAUAAUAUAUUAGUGUGCAUAUGCAAAGAGAAUUGCAUUUAUUAUUUUUCAAAAGCAAAAAACGCGAAGAAAACGCGAUUGUUAAUAAUUUGAUCACCACAAAGAGGAUGACAUAACUGAAGCAUGUAUAAGUACAUAGAUGUAAUUUUUCUUCUGUAUGAUUUGUGUCAUAUAUGAUGAAAGAAAAAGGGCAAACUAAUUGUCACACAUUCUGGUGUCUGAUAUUCAUGAUGAUAUAAAUUAAAAACUGGAAAAUAAUAAAAAAUGAAAAAACACGAAUACAUAUGAAUACACAAUGCAAUUAUUACAUUUUUAUGUGUUCAACAAACUAUGUUAUUCUGAUAACAAAGAAAAAAUUAAUGGCUCUAUUUGUAUCGAGUAUAGAAAAAAAAUACGUAGCAGGAAUUAUCGGAUCGGAUUUGAAAGCAUCGAGUAAGAGGAAAAUAUUUUUGUGAAAUUGAUUAAACCAAAAAA